AGCUGCUAACAGCACGCAGGCUCACCCAACACCGCGCUCUUCCUCCCCUUUGUUCGCCCUCGCACGCCCUGGUGCCCAUUGUCGCCCAGCUCGACCGCGAGCCCGUCCAAUUGAAGCCUCCGGCGCUGCGGUCCCGACAGCUACAUAACAGAGGGCCGGCCCUCCGCCCGCGACUCCGACCAUGGCGACCAUGCAGCGCGCAGCCGAACUCAAGCAGCAGGGCGCCAUCGAGGCCGCCCAAGACCCCAAUUCCAGCGUGACGGCCGACCAGGCCGAGCAUGCCAUCAUGAAAGAGGCCCGCGCAGGCGGCAGCGCGGCCUUCAAGUUCGACCCGGACGCCAGCCCGGAGGAGAAGGCGGCGCAAGCGAGAGCGCAAGUUCCCAAGAACUUCCACCACGAGCGGAACCCCAAUGCAGUAGCCCUCGCCUCGGAUGCUAACGGGACCGGUCCCAAAUACGCCCUCCCUCCAGCCUCCAAAGCGGGUGCCAUCGACGUGCCAACUUCACCAAUUUCGCCAACCUCAGACGCACCGAACGGUGUGCUGCCAAAGCUCGACCAAGACGAUGAGUGGGGCCGCGUCGGCUGGGCCCCACGCUUUGGCCUGCCAGGCUCCGAGAACCAGGACGACGAGGGCUCGCUCCUGGACCACCAGACUUUCCUCGAGGGCAAGCUUGAGGACAAGUUCUUCGGCGACUGGUAUCACAACACCGGUGUCAUCAUCUUCGCGUGCCUGAGCUCCUGGGUGGUGGCAGUGCUUGGAGGUGGCCUGGGAUGGGUCUUCUGCAUCAUGGCCAUCUGCGGCACCUACUACCGCACCUCGAUCCGUCGCGUCCGCCGCAACGCCCGGGAUGAUCUGAACCGCGAAAUGGCCAAGAACAAGCUGGAGACGGACACGGAGAGCCUCGAGUGGAUCAACAGCUUCCUUGUCAAGUUUUGGCCCAUCUACGCCCCGGUUUUGUGCAAGACCAUCGUGGGCACCGUAGACCAGGUUCUGUCUACUUCCACACCCGCUUUUCUUGAGGGCCUGCGGAUGAAAGAGUUUGUGUUAGGAACCAAGCCUCCCCGCCUGGAGCACGUGAAGACGUAUCCAAAGGCACAGGAUGACAUCGUGCUCAUGGACUGGAAAUUCAGCUUCAACCCCAAUGACACGGCCGAUCUCACGUCUCGACAACUGAAGCAAAAGAUCAAUCCCAAGGUCGUGCUCGAAGUCCGUCUGGGCAAGGGAAUGAUCAGUAAAGGCCUCGAUGUCAUUGUCGAAGACAUGGCCUUCUCGGGCCUGAUGCGUCUCAAGUUCAAGCUUCAGAUACCGUUUCCGCACAUCGAGCGCGUGGAGAUGUCAUUCUUAGAACGCCCAACCAUCGACUACGUAUGCAAGCCGCUAGGUGGUGAGACCUUCGGUUUCGAUAUCAACUUCAUCCCCGGUCUGGAGACUUUCAUUAUGGAGAUGAUCCAUGCUACUCUUGCGCCGAUGAUGUACGCUCCGAACAUCUUCCCAAUCGAAAUCGCGAAAAUGCUUGCAGGCAAUCCGAUCGACCAAGCAAUCGGUGUUCUUCAAAUCACUUUCCAUGGCGCUCAAGGUCUCAAGAAUCCCGACAAGUUCUCGGGCACUCCAGAUCCGUAUGCCACCGUGUCCAUCAACAACAGGACAGAGCUGGCUCGCACUGCGACGGUGAAAGAGAAUGCCAACCCGCGCUGGAAUCAGACCGUGAACAUCAUCGUCACUUCGCUGAAGGAUGCGCUGACGAUCAAUGUCUAUGAUUUCAAUGAUUUCCGAAAAGACAAAGAGCUUGGAGUAGCUACUUUUGCGUUGGAGCAAUUGGAGACUGAGGAUGAGCAUGAGAACCUGCACCUCGAGGUCACGGCUGGCGGUCGAUCACGCGGUAUCAUCCAGGCGGACAUUCGCUUCUUCCCUGUGCUGGAAGGCGAAACUCUGGAUGACGGCACUAAGCAGCCGCCACCGGAAUCGCGCACCGGUAUUGCCAAGUUUACCAUCGAACAAGCGAAAGAGCUAGAUCACGAGAAGAGUAUGAUCGGACAGUUGAGCCCAUAUGCAAUGCUUCUGCUUAACGGGCGAGAGGUGCACAGGUCGACAGUCAUGAAACGAACGAAUCAACCUGUCUUUCCGGAUGCAAGCAAAGAGCUACUCAUCACUGACCGCAAGAAGGCCAAGCUCGGAUUGCUCAUCAAGGACGACCGCGAUCUGGCGACGGACCCUAUCAUUGGCUCCUACCAGAUCACUAUCGACGACAUGUUGGAGCUGAUGGCAAAGGGCCAGGAAUGGUACCAUCUCCACGGCGCCAAGACUGGACGCGCCAAGAUGAAGCUCGAAUGGAAGCCCGUCGCAUUAAGGGGCGCGGCGGCCGGCGGUGGCUACCUCACGCCCAUUGGUGUUAUGCGUUUGCACUUCAAGAAUGCUCGGGAUCUACGCAACGUCGAGACGAUGGGCAAAUCAGACCCAUACGUCCGCGUCUUGCUCUCUGGCGUUGAAAAGGGCCGGACGGUGACGUUCAAGAACAACCUGAACCCGGACUGGGAUGAGGUCAUCUACGUGCCUAUCCACACGGAGCGCGAGAAGCUGACGGUGGAGGUCAUGGAUGAGGAGCACCUGGGCAAGGACCGGUCCUUGGGCCACAUCGAACUGACUGCAGGCGACUACGUCCGCAAGGAUGAUGAUGGCCAAUGGCUUGUCCACGAACAAAAGGAGACGCAGCAAGGCCAUCUGCAUCUGGGAGCCCGUUCACAAUCCAAGGGUACCCUCAACUACACCUGUUCCUUCUACCCCACGUAUGCAGUUCACGACCCUGAUGAGGAGGAUUCCGACAGCGAAGAUGACUUGUCUCGGAAGGGAUCUAUACGGAAUUCCAUCGACUCCGCUCCUAAGGGACACAAGAAGAACAUCUCGAGCGUGUCUGGUAUAGCCCGAUCGGAGACUGCAGGAACCAUCUCGUCGCUCCGAUCCUCUCACACCGCCGGCAGCGAGCCCGAUGUCGCGAAGCAGCUCGAGAAAAGCAUGGCGCAGGCCGAGCAGGAAGCCGAUGCAGUUCCUCAAAAGAAAGAGAUUGAGAAACUGCAUCUCACUGCUGACGAUCUGCAGCAGUAUGAAUCUGGUCUCAUUGUGUUCAAAAUCAUCGAGGGCGACUUUGCAGAGACUGGAGCUUAUGUCGAUAUCCUCAUGGAUGACAUGGCCUUCCCAAGCUACUCCAGCGCUAAGAUCAAGAGCAAGCAUAUGACAUUCAACGAGGUUGGCGAUACGAUGGUCCGGGAACUUGAUUUCUCCAAGAUCACUCUUCGAAUCAUCGAGCACAUUGAUAAGAAGGGCGAGAAUGACGAAGACCAUGUCAUUGCUAAGCUUACCGGAAACACACUGGACACGCUUCGACGAUGCUUGUACACUCCCACUCAGCUCAUCCUGAAAGACAACCAUGGGCGAGAAAAUAAGAUCACGGUCAGCUUGAAGUAUCUGCCUGUGAAAAUGCAGCUGGACCCCAGCGAAUCAUUCAACAACCAGGGCACCCUCCGCGUCGAAGUCCUGGACGCGGCAGACCUCCCAGCCGCCGAUCGCAACGGCUUCUCAGACCCGUACUGCAAGUUUGUUCUCAACGACAAGGAAGUCUACAAGACGAAGACGCAGAAGAAAACACUACACCCCUCAUGGAACGAGUACUUUGAGGUAUCCGUGCGCAGCCGAACGGCGGCCGAUUUCGAGGUGCGGGUCUUUGACUGGGACUUUGGCGACAAGGCCGACUUCCUGGGCAAAGCCGCCAUCAACCUAGAGAUUCUAGAGCCAUUCCAACAACAGGAAGUAACACUUGGUCUCGAUGGCAAGUCAGGCGCCGUCCGCUUAAAGAUGCUGUUCAAACCAGACUAUGUCAUGCGCUCGCGACAAGGCUCAAGCACGUUCUCGGGCACCUUCGCUGUCCCCGGAAAGGUCAUCGGAGCGCCCGUCAAAGGCGUCGGCAAGGGCGCCGUCCUUGUCGGCGGUGGCGUCGUCCGCGCAGGCACUUUCCUCGGCCGCGGUUUCAAGCGCAGGAAGUCUCGCGGCGCGGCUCCUGAAGACUUGGACAGCUCAACCCUCAACGGCAGCGCUGCCUCCGACGAGCCCGUUCCUGCCAUCUCCAUCGAGAGCGAUGGCCGCCCCAGCACCUCCUCCAACGCCAACGCCGCCGCAGAGAAGAACCACUCCCGCCACCGCUCCUGGGGCGCGCAGUCCUUCGCCUCGGCGCACGGCGCCUCCGCGCCUUCGGCCGACCAAGGCACCGCGCACUUUUCCAUUCUCUCCGCCGCUGGCUUCCCCGCCGGCGCGAACCUCCGCGUCUUCGUCCGCCUCGACACCCCCAAGGGUCCCAAGGACGUCCACAAGACAGACCACAUCAAAGCCCCCACCGGCGCUGCCACCUUCGCCGACGAGUCCUUCAAGGUGACCUGCGCCGCGGACGCCUUCUUCAAGCUCGUCGUCAAGGACCACGCGACGUUCGGCCGCGACGAGGAGCUCGGGGAAGCCGCGUUCACGGUUGACGACCAGGGCAACGGCGGCGAGAAGAGCGUGAGCGUCGGCCAGGGCAGCGUCGUCGUGCGGACCAGUUUUGUCCCUGCGGACGCGCAGAGCAGCGGCGGCCACAGCGGGCCAAACAGUCCCAAGUUGACAAAGGGGAGGGGCUUGCUGAGUCGCGGCCGGGAGAGCAGGAGCGUGACCCCGGCUUAGAAGGCGGGCGUUGAGCGUGCGCGGAGCGUGCGCAGGCUGCGGGGGAGGCGGCAGGUGUCUUGUUCACUUUCUACGUCCGCCGAGAUUUCGGACGCAGACGGCGACAGGGAGGGCGGUGUUGGUGUUAGCGUUUGUGUUGGGACGGCUUCCAGGGUUGGGAGCGGGUAUUCUUUUGGGUGAGACUAGGGCGUGUUCUUUUUUUCUUUUUCAACUCUCUUGUCUUUACUUCCCUUCUUUGUUCAAUCUUGUUGAAUACCGCUUGUCUUAUACCAGAGGGGACCAAGUGUGGGAAAAGUGUGGGGAUUCUUUUGCCCCUCCACGCCUCUGUACG